AUGAUUAACAUAGCCGGCGUGGUGAGCAUUGUGCUCUUCUAUCUGCUCAUCCUGGUCGUUGGCAUUUGGGCCGGGCGUAAGAAACAGUCGGGCAAUGAUUCCGAAGAGGAGGUUAUGCUGGCUGGCCGUUCCAUUGGCCUCUUUGUUGGCAUCUUCACCAUGACAGCCACAUGGGUGGGUGGCGGCUACAUCAAUGGCACUGCGGAAGCGAUCUAUACCUCGGGCUUGGUUUGGUGCCAGGCGCCGUUUGGCUAUGCACUCAGCCUCGUGUUUGGUGGCAUCUUCUUUGCUAAUCCCAUGCGCAAACAGGGUUACAUCACCAUGUUGGAUCCGUUGCAGGAUUCGUUUGGUGAGCGCAUGGGCGGCCUGUUGUUCCUGCCCGCACUUUGUGGCGAGGUGUUCUGGGCAGCUGGCAUUUUGGCUGCGCUGGGUGCCACAUUGUCAGUCAUCAUAGACAUGGAUCAUCGCACCUCGGUGAUACUAUCGUCGGGCAUAGCCAUAUUUUAUACGCUCUUUGGCGGACUCUACUCGGUGGCGUACACAGAUGUCAUACAGCUGUUCUGCAUCUUCAUCGGACUGUGGAUGUGCAUUCCAUUCGCCUGGACCAACGAGCAUGUGCGCAGUCUAAGCGACAUGGAUGUGGAUUGGAUUGGACAUGUGGAACCGAAACAGCGCUGGUUCUACAUUGACUAUGGCUUGCUCCUCAUCUUUGGUGGCAUACCCUGGCAGGUGUACUUUCAGCGUGUGCUCUCCAGCAAGACAGCGGGCAGAGCACAGCUGCUCUCCUAUGUAGCAGCUGCCGGCUGCAUACUGAUGGCCAUUCCGCCAGUGCUAAUUGGUGCCAUAGCCAAGGCAACUCCCUGGAAUGAGACGGAGUACAAGGGUCCAUAUCCACUGACUGUAGAUGAGACCAGCAUGAUUUUGCCUAUGGUGCUGCAAUAUUUAACGCCCGAUUUCGUGUCCUUCUUUGGCUUGGGCGCUGUCUCUGCAGCUGUGAUGUCCUCAGCCGAUUCGUCCGUCUUGUCGGCUGCGUCGAUGUUCGCACGCAAUGUUUACAAAUUGAUUUUCCGUCAGAAGGCAUCCGAAAUGGAAAUCAUUUGGGUAAUGCGCGUCGCCAUCAUAGUCGUGGGCAUUCUGGCCACAAUCAUGGCCCUAACCAUACCCUCCAUCUAUGGCUUAUGGUCCAUGUGCUCAGACUUGGUUUACGUUAUUCUGUUCCCACAACUGCUGAUGGUGGUGCACUUUAAGAAGCAUUGCAAUACUUAUGGCAGCCUAGCGGCCUACAUAAUUGCGCUCUUCAUUCGACUAUCAGGCGGAGAGGCCAUCUUGGGUAUGCCAGCUCUCAUACACUACCCGGGCUAUGACGAAGAGACAAACACGCAACUGUUUCCCUUCCGCACCAUGGCCAUGCUGAUCAGCCUGUUUACGCUCAUCUUUGUCUCCUGGUGGACCAAGAUGAUGUUUGAAUCGGGCAAGUUGCCGCCCAGCUAUGAUUACUUUCGGUGUGUGGUCAACAUACCGGAGGAUGUGCAGCGCGUGGGCGAUCCUUCGGAGUCUGGGGAGCAGCUGUCUGUCAUGGCGGGUCCGUUGGCGCGCUCCUAUGGCGCAGCCACUAUGGCGGGCAAAGAUGAGCGCAAUGGACGCAUAAAUCCAGCUCUCGAGUCUGAUGAUGAUUUGCCUGUAGCCGAGGCGAAGCGUCUCAAUCAACAGACAGCGCAAACUCAGGUGCAGAAAAUGCUCGAUUCAGCUACUGGGAAAGCGGGCGGCGCCGGCGGCGGCGGUGGCGGCGGGGGCGGUCUAAGAGAGGGCAUGGCCAUGCCCAAUGCUGAACAGGAUAAUACAGCUUUCUGAGCGGCCGACUGCAACCCCCAACGGUUCCGUAACUUUUAGUACUAAAACACCCACUAACUAGUUGCUGCAAGUAUCUAUUUAGUUUAAGCUUUUUAGUACACAUUCAGCAUAUACAUAUAUUAUGAAGGAUAUAUAUGUGCAUCCAGUUAUACACAAUUAUAUAUGUAUAUGAUGUAUCUUCAGACACACAAGUGCUCAGGUAUAAAGUGCAGACAAAUGUUAUAUUCAUUUUGCCACAGUUUUUGUAUAGUUUCUGUCUAACGGUAAAAACUCUAUUUGAUAUUUUCUAUUUAGUUUUGCUGUUGUGUUUUAAGCUGGCCUUGAGAGUAGAGUAAAUGGAGUUUAUAGAGCAAUUGAAGCAUAAACUAUGUAUAAAUGUUUUAGAAGAUCGAUAAAUCGAUAAAAACCAAACCAAACCAAAACAUAUCAACUUUAUUCUAAACUACUUUCGAUUCAGUUCGUGUGUUAAGCUGAAUUUAAAUAUCGAUGAAUACUA